AUGGCGUCUUCCCCAAUCUUACAAGACUCCCCGGCGAAGAAGAACAGCCGAGACUGGCUAGAUCUUCCGCGAGAUCUGAUGGUCUCGAUUCUGCAGCGCAUCUGUUGCUACGAUAUCUUGACCAACGUCAAGGAAGUGUGCAAGUCCUGGCGCAGUCUCUGUAAAGACCCGCUUACGUGGCAGGUCGUUACUAUUCCGUGCGAUUUAGUAUUGUAUAAGCUGACCGAGGACAAGGGAAUGCCAUCUAGUCAUGAUGAACAAAAGGUGAAGAUCUUGCGAAAGAUGAUCAUGCAUGUGAUAGAUCUGAGCUGCGGACAAAUGCUGGAUUUUUGUAUUCUUGGAUUUGGUUCUGAUCAUCAUCUGCUUGAGUAUGUCUGUCAAAGAUCAGGUCAGUUAAGACGUUUACGACAGCAUGAUUAUGAACUCCAUAUUUCGACACAACGGCUGACUCAAAUAUUAAGACAUGUUCCAUUUCUGGAAGAACUAAAGCUCUCCAACAUCCCUGAUUUCUCACCGGAACAUGUUGAAAUCAUUGCUCGUCGUUGUCCUCGCCUCGCGUCAUUGGCGAUAAAUAAUCUGAGAGCUUACGAAAUUUGUUGCCAGCCAGUCUGCAAUCAACUAGCUUCUGCUAUUGCAAAGUAUAUGCCCCAGUUAUGCUGCCUGCAACUCUGUGGAAAUAGAAUGACAAAUGCAGGCUUAUCAGCCAUUCUCCACAAUUGUCAGCAUCUCGAAUACCUUGAUAUUCGACAGUGUUAUAAUAUUUUUGUGGUUCUCGAUCCGAAUCUCAUGACAAAAGUUCGCAAACAGAUAAAGCAUAUGAGGUUUUCCAAGAUGGGCUUGGGUGAGCUAAGUCCAGCCCAAAAUGUAUACCCAAGGUUUAUCUCAGGCCCAAUAAGAAGUACAUGGUCAAUCUAUUGA